GGCACCAGCGCAGUGCUGCUCUGCACGGACGUGGCGUCGCGCGGCGUCGACAUCGCGCGUCUCACCGGCGUGGUCAACUUUGACCCGCCCGCCUCCACCGCCCAGUACGUCCACCGCGCGGGCCGCACCGGCCGGCAAGGCGCGCACGGCUGCGUCGUCUCUCUGCUGCGG